AUGACUCCAGAAAUAUGCUUGUUUAACAUAGGUCAAGGGGGUGAUGCCACAAGAUCAUACUUUCAAGGUCAGAGACCUAAUCCAAAAUUAGUUAUUGAGAAAGGAAGCAAUAGCGAUCCCAGAUCUCAAUCCCAUGGAAAAAACAUGGAAACUAGGUUUGGAGAUGGUCCGCUGCCACAGAAUUUUGAUGGUCUUGAGCAGAAAUUUAUUGAUGAUAUCAUUAAAUUGGCCAAGGAACAAAAUGAUGCAGAGGAUGAGGAAAAUGCGAGACAUAGAGAGAGAAUUGUGGCAAUCAAUGCUCAGUAUGAGGAACAAUUGGCAGCACUUCGAGCUCGACAUGCUGGACGUCGUGAUGAGUUACUACGAAGGGAAUCAAGUGCACGACAACAUCAGUACCAGAAGGGAAUAAUGGACCAUUACCCAAAUGGGGGCAUUGGCCCAGGUGAUCCUCGUGGCAACAGUGGAGUAACAAACUUAGCUGCUUCUGGACAAGCACAUCAAAAUUAUGAAUCUGAACACUUUGAUUCCUUCAGAGAACGAGCACGGUUUCUUGGGAACUCCGCACGAGAUCCUAAUUUGGAUCCUAGAGGUUCCUAUCCAGGUGGCCGAGUUUAUGACACUGGCUCACGGUACUACUAAUCAAAGUUGCUUACAUUAGAUAUGCUUGCUGUUUUAUCCUCGGUGUGGAAUAGGCUCCAUAACUAAUGAUAGUGCUGUACUUUCAUUAUAAAAUAACGUAUUUUUACAUUUGUUCGAUUAGGCUUCCGUAACUAACCUAUUAGUUGUAUUUUCAUCCUAAAGUUAUGCAUUUUCAUGUUGCAUGCCCUUUCUAUCUAUAAAGCCCAUGAUCUAUGAUAUCUCUGGAUCCCAGUUUUUGUCGACUUGAUCCAAUCAAUGUUUAAAUUGUAGCAUAUCCUCCAUUUUUUGCAGCUUUGGAGUUGGAAA